CAGUUACCAAUGGCAGCCACAUUGCUCGCCUUUUUCUUUCUGUUCAUCAUCGUAUGCUUCUUCCUCCAAAUCCAUAGGAAAAAACCAGGAACCAGUAACAAUCUCCCACCUGGAAGCUUCGGGUGGCCGUUUUUAGGUGAAACUCUAGAGUUCAUUGGCUCUCGAAGAGCUGGGACACCGGAGAAAUUUGUAAGAGAUAGAAGGCAGAGAUAUGGAAGUCCCUUGGUUUUCAAAACAUCAUUGUUUGGCCACCGUGUGGCCGUCUUUUGUGGGCCAGAGGGAAACAAGUUUUUGUUUGGAAACGAGAACAAACUGGCGGCGUCGUGGUGGCCAGAAUCAAUCACAACUUUGUUCGGUAAAUGCAUAAUAACAUGCCGUGGAGAUGAAGCGAAAUGGUUGAGGAAGAUGAUGCUACCGUAUCUAGGUCCUGAUGCUUUAUCGAAUCGUUACUCGGUCACCAUGGAUGUAGUAACUCGUCUUCAUAUCCAAAAUCACUGGGAAGAACUUGGAUCCUUAUUCAACAUUUUCCUAAAAGGGCUCGGGUCGUUGCCUAUAAAUAUUCCUGGGACACGGUUUUACCGAGGUAAAAGAGCAGCAGUUGCUAUUAAAAAACAACUAAUCAUGAUCAUCAACCAAAGGAAGCUGGCCUUAAAACAAGAAAAUGCAUCAUCUUUUGAAGACCUUUUGUCACAACUGCUUCUAUCUUCUGAUGAAAAUGGUCGGUUUUUAUCCGAAAUAGAGAUUGCAAAUAACAUUUUGUUGUUACUCUUUGCUGGACAUGACACUUCUGCUGCCUCCAUAACGUUACUCAUGAAGUGCCUUGGAGAACACCAUGACGUUUACAAAAACGUGUUGAAAGAACAAUUGGGUAUUUUGGAGGGCAAAGCGUCGGGUGAAGUGCUAAACUGGGACGACAUACAGAAAAUGAGAUACUCUUGGAAUGUAGUAUGUGAGGUACUCAGAUUAAGUCCACCUGUAAUUGGAUCUUUUCGGGAGGCCCUUGUGGAUUUUGAAUACGCGGGUUAUACAAUACCCAAAGGAUGGAAGAUAAUUUGGAGUGCAGUCAUGACACAUAAGGAUGAAGAUAACUUUCCAUGCGUUACCAAAUUCGAUCCUUCAAGAUUUGAAGGAACAGGACCCACACCAUUCACGUAUGUCCCGUUUGGAGGCGGUCCUAGGAUGUGUUUAGGGAAAGGACUAGCUCGUGUGCAAAUACUUGUGUUCCUACACAACAUUGUGACAAAGUUUAAGUGGGACCUAGUGAUCCCCGGUGAGAAAAUCGAGUAUGAUCCUUUGGCUACCCCUGUACAAGGACUCCCAAUUCGACUCCAUCCUCAUCAAGUUUGACGUUUUUCUAUCAAGUAUUUAUCGGUUUGGUUAUGUACCAUUGCUAUACAAUUAUCAAAUAUUAAUUAUACUUGUUUAACUUUUGCAUAAAAGAGUAAAAGCAAAAAAGAAUAUCGAGCUUCAUUUAAGAUUGA